UUUUUGUUCAGUUUUUAGCUCUUGACGAUCAUCCCUUCCCUUUUGUUGAUUUAUAUGAACAUUCAGUGUUUUUGUAUUGUUUGUUUUUUUGUUUCGAAACACUCUAGCUAGAUGAACUCGUAGCGUAGGCUGCUGCCCAGUGUCUAGUGUCAAAUGCACCCAGCAUUGCAAAUAUGACCAGCGUGUGGCGCUAGUGACACUCUUCGGGUACUAGAUAGUUUUGUUGACGGAAGUUCGCACGGAAGAAGAAGGAAGCAGUGAUGGUGCGUGUGAAGUCCAGGUAUUUACUGUGCGAAGUGAACGUGUCGGACCGGAGCCGCCUGUUGUUGCUGGAUGACCGAGCUAUUGCAGCGACAGUGAAGGCAGCAGUGGCCCGCAUACAUGGGGACUAUGGGGCAGCUCUCUGCAGCAUCAGGUUCUCUGUGAAAUAUCUGAAUGCUCAUACGGGAAUAGUAUUCCUGCGCUUCCCCAAAAAGUGUUACAGACUCCUCUGGUCUGCAUUGCCUUUCAUUACCUGUAUUGAAACUCGUGGGCAGAAGAUCUCCUGUUUUCUGAACUGUUUGCAUGUCGGAGGAACAAUGAGAACAUGUCAGAAGUUUCUGAUCCGAUACAACACCCAGCAGCUCCAUCGAAUGCUCCCUCAGUGUAAAAAUGAAGAAGAAAAGCAACAGGUUCAGCAAGCAAUUCUAAACUGCUCCCUAACAAGAGGAAACAAGGAAGCAUUUGAAGAGGAAUCAGAGAGUGAGGAAGAUGAAGAAGAGUGACUGUACAGCAUGCUGUAAAAGACAGCAAACUAUUUCUGUUACAGUACUGAUACAAAGAAAAGCUAUGACGUAUUUAAAGACAUGCAUACGCAGCUCUGUGGAAGUAUGGUUAACUGCAGCUGCUCAGUCCCAGUCAGGCUGUGUGCUAGUCUUCAACAGAGGAACAUAUUACAUUAUGUUUAUCACACAUAAGUACUUGGGGUUGGCAAAGUGACCUGAUGGUCAGUAUUUAACAGAACGUUCACAUGUUUAUGUUGAUACUGAAUGUCUAAGUUAUUUUGGGAAAGUGUCAUCAAAAAACUGCAAACACAUGGCACAAUAUAACGACUAUGUUUUUUUUUAUUGUAUAAUUAACUUGUUUUGUAUUUCUUCUAUGGUUUGUGCUCAUCUGUAUUUUGUUUACAAAUUAAAGCACUGUUUUGGA